AUGGAUAAUUUCUCCGUAACCUCGACAACUGCCGGCGUAAGAAUGGACGACGAGGAUUCCAUCAUCGUUUCAGCACUCCGGUAUGUCAUUUCCGGCGGUAAUACAACCGCCCCAAGUGGAGUCAUCGGAAAGUAUUACUGUAUUCAGCCGCCACCGCCGGAGAAAGAAAUCUGCCGUGAGUGUGGAAUGCAAAUCCCAGACUGUUUGGGGUGUCAGAUGUUCACGGCGGCCGGCGGUGGUGGAGAAAGGAGGAGAAAGAAACGGAAGAAGGAGUAUAGAGGAGUUAAUCUCCGGCCAUCGGGGAAAUGGGCGGCGGAGAUGAUGGUCCCAGGGAAGAAAGAGCGGAAGUGGCUUGGGACUUUCACGACGGCGGAAGAGGCCGCUAGAGCUUACGACAUCGCCAGCGUUCGGUUCAGGGGAAAGACCGCCAAGACCAAUUUUCCGGUAGCAGAGUACUCAGAUAUUGUACCGGUAGAAAAUGAAGAGGAAAACGCAAACUCAGUUAAUGGUCUAUAUCUCAAUCCUAUCUACCAAUCAAAAUUAAAUAAAUCUUAA